CCGCAAUCAGUCAUGGAUCAGGUGAUGCAGUUUGUUGAGCCAAGUCGGCAGUUCGUAAAGGACUCAAUUCGGCUGGUUAAAAGAUGCACCAAACCCGACAGAAAAGAAUUCCAGAAGAUUGCCAUGGCCACAGCCAUAGGAUUUGCUAUCAUGGGAUUCAUUGGCUUCUUUGUGAAACUGAUCCAUAUCCCUAUUAAUAAUAUUAUUGUGGGUGGCUGAAUGCUUUCUCUUCGCGGGAACUAGGAGCAAAUGAGGGUGUGAGAAGCUUAUGAAGUAAAAAGUUGCCUGUAUACUUUGUGUU